UCUUGCAAAUUCAUCAGAGAGAAACAGAACAAGGUGAAGAAAAUGGAGAGGUUUGAGAGGUUAUCAGAAAUGUCAAGGAGAUUUGGAGUUUACUUCCGAAACAAAUUCUCUAGCAAGGAUUCACUUCUUAACGAUCUAGAUAAGAAGUUCACUAGUUUCUCUAGAACUCCAUUACACAUAGCAUCUAUAAAUGGUAAUGUUAAACUUGCCAAACAAAUUUUAUCUGUGAGAUCUGAUCUUGCAAGAAAACAAGACUUGAAUGGAUUUACUCCGCUCCACCUUGCAUCUGCCAGAACAAGUCUUGAGAUGGUGAGAUUGUUGAUUAAAGCUUAUCCUGAUGCUUGUAAAGUUCAAAAUAAAGAUGGAAAAACACCUCUACAUGUGGCUGCCAUGAAAGAUCGAGUUGAGAUCAUGAAACUACUAACGGAAGAAGGAAGAUUCGAAGCUCUUCUACUAAAUAACUAUCAAAAUGGUGAGACCAUUCUGCACUUUUGUGUUAAAAACAACAGUAGUGUAGGUACCCUUGAUCUAUUGGUACACAAGUUGGUACUUGCACUACAUACUUCAGAUCUAUGUACUAUUAUCAACUCCAAGGACAGUGAUGGCAACACAGUCUUGCACGCCGCUGCGGAAAUGCGAAAAUUUGAGAUUGUAAACUAUUUACUGCAGAGAGAUAAUAUAGAAAUCGAUUUAGAUGCAGUAAACAACAAGGGCCUGAAAGCCUUGAAUGUGUUAUCUGAAGCUCAGAGGGAUGAUCUAGAACUUGGUUUUUAUGUUUUCUCUGGAGACACCAAAGAGCGUACCAAUGAAACUUUGUCCGAAAAGAAGGAUCAUUGUUACCAAGUGAUCAAUAAGAAAUCGCCUAAAAAGCGAAGUCAUAAAGAGAGGGUGAAUGUGUUAUUAGUGGUGUCAACAUUGAUCGCAGGAAUCGCAUUUCAAGCUAUGUCAAACCCACCAGGUGGGGUUUGGCAAGAAGACAGCAAACUCGAAUCUGGUACUGACCCCGUUCAAUUUGCUUAUUAUGUUGGUCUUAUGUUUGACUCCUCCAUAUCCGGCAGUUUAUUAAGUUACACUCAAGAUCACAUGCUUCCUAAUGAUUCUACAAGUAAUACGAGUACUACAACAGAAUGGAAAGGUUAUUCUAAAGCCCAAGAAAAUGUUUACUAUUUUAUGAGCAAUCUACUAUAUAAUACUACACGACAUUCCACAUAUAAGGGUUUAAUCGUUGAAGAUUACACGAGUGCUACUAUUUCAGAUUACAAUAGAAGUGAUGGCAGUGAUAAAUUUUUCCCAUAUCUAAUACGAUAUGCCGGAUUCCCUAUAAUGGCUUAUCAAAACCCUUUCGCCUAUGAGAUUUACAUUCUUGUUAACACAAUUGCGUUUUCUCUGUCUCUGACGGUUGUUUUCGCGGUCAUAUGCGGGUUUGUACAUGAUAAAUCUGUCGCUCAAAACCGAAUUCUUAUAAUGUUGAUGUGCAUCUCAAUUGGAUGCAUUUCAGUAAGUUAUUUGGCUGUUUUAGAGAGUUUCACGCCAGAUUUCUUUUCUAAGGAUCAAGGACUUUAUUCACUAUUUAUAUACUUUUCGAUGUGCUGCAUCUGUGGAAUUGGCCUCUUUCUCUGGAGAUUUAUAUCAAGGAUGGUUCAGCUAAAAAAGAAGCAUCUUACCGCAUUUAACUACUUCAAAGCGCUCUUCACUAUGGAUGCAAGGGCAGCAGGAAAAGUGGCUUUAUUGAUUCUUGGUUUAUGUGCUUUUUACUGGACACUCCCACGUAAUUUUUAAAUUAGGGAACUGCAAUCAAGUCGAAGCUGAAUGAAAUUCAUGGAUUCAUCAGUUUUCUCGUGUUAACUGGGUUACUGGAAGGUUAGAGCUCUUGUGUUACUAAGCUUUUAAACAUUUCUUCUACUGCUGUAUUGAUGAAUUAAGCAAUUUAAGCUUAUUAUAUUAUAUAUUUAGUAUUGUUAAAUGCCCAGAAUCAGAUGGGGCAUGAGUUUGGUGUCAAAAGACAGAACUCUCAUUUUAUGUUAUGGUUGUGGUGAUUCCUAGCUAAGUUUUCUUACUUUCUAAUUUAAUGA